AUGCGCAUGGAAUCACCCCUAUACAGACCUACCCGGACCGUAUGGCGCUUAAAUGAACUACUCCUCUCCGACGAACCGACGCAGGCACAAUUACUGGAACAACUAAAUAACUACUUCACUGAAAACGACACCGAAGAAAUCUCCGCACUUACUCUGUGGGAGGCCCACAAAAGCGUUCUCAGGGGACUACUUAUCCGGAUAUCAGCGCAAAAAAAGAAAGAAGCACAACGACAAAUGACGGCACUAGCGGAACAGAUAGCAACGCUGGAAACGCUGCACAAGAGGACCCGACAGGAGGAGCAUUACCGCACUCUUUUGACCCUCAGACGGCAACUAUCGGACCUGAUAGCCCGCAAACACCACAGGUCGAUCCAGAGAUCGAAGGCCUUCUUCUACAUCCAUGCCAACAAGGGAGGAAGGCUGCUAGCCCGCAUGCUGCGGAACCAACAAACAAGCGCACAGGUAAGCGCGCUGCGAACAGCCAGGGGCACCACUACGCAAUUCCCUGAAGAGAUUGCAAAUGAAUUCCGCUCGUACUACGAAGACCUGUAUAACAUACCGCCCGAAAUCCCGGACGCGGACGAGACCGGCACCGCAGGAGACAUCGCACGCUACCUUAGAGACUUCAACCCUGAAACCCUAUCCCAGCAGGAAGCAGACGCUCUAGACGCCCCGAUAUCUACAGACGAGAUACUGGCAGUGAUAAAAACCACAAAAAAAGGAAAGGCACCAGGCCCGGACGGGUUCUCGGCGGGCUACUAUAAAAAGUUCAGAGACAUCUUAGCCCCACGUAUCGCCAACGCCUGCAAUCAUCUCCGGGAUGGGGGUAUAUUUCACAGAGAAUCCCUAGCAGCCAUAAUCACAGUGAUUCCCAAACCCGGUAAGAGCCCGGAAAUUUGCGGCAAUUACCGACCCAUAUCGCUGCUAAAUGUGGACGUGAAGAUUUUCUCCAAAGUACUAGCUACGCGACUGCAACAAUUCUUGCCAAGGCUAGUCCACCCAGACCAGACAGGGUUCAUUCCGGGAAGAGAGGCCAGGGAUAGCACACUGCGGGCCUUCACCAUACAAAGCCUGGCGCGUAGGGGAACAUCGGACUUCCUUAUGCUCUCCACAGACGCAGAAAAGGCGUUCGACCGGGUACAGUGGAGCUUCAUGUUGGCAGCGCUGAGGGCGAUGGGUCUGGGGAACGGCAUACUCACCUGGAUAACGGCACUAUACACCGACCCAACCGCCAGAGUACGGGUAAAUGGAGCACUCACAGACAACUUUGACAUCAACAACGGAACCAGACAGGGAUGCCCGCUGUCCCCCCUCCUCUUCGCCCUCUCAUUGGAGCCGUUUCUAGACAAGAUCAGAAGGACACCAGAGAUCCAGGGAUUUCAACAGAAAGACCAGACACACAAGGUGGCCGCAUACGCGGAUGAUAUGCUUUUCUUCGUCGCGGAACCUCAGGGCACACUGCCGGCCCUCCUACGGGAGUUCAAGCAAUACGGGCGGAUAUCAGGACUCAAGCUAAAUCUAGCAAAAUGCGAAAUCCUGGCAAUACACACCGAAAGGAACACGCAGGAGAGACUCCAACGCAAGUUCCCUUUUCACUGGUGCAAGGAACAGAUGCGCUACCUGGGGAUUUGGCUCUGCCGUGACUCGGGCGAGACAUACGAAAGGAACUAUACACCCCUCUUACGCACUAUACUGACGGACCUGUCGAGAUGGUCGUACGACCACAUCUCUUGGCAAGGCCGAAUAGCGGUGGUCAAAAUGAAUAUCCUCCCCCGCCUCCUCUACUGCUUCAGCGCUAUCCCCUGGCACCUGCCACAGGACUUCUUCACCAGGCUCAAAACAGCGGUGACGAGGUAUGUAUGGAAGGAAGGGAGACCACGGCUUAAGCAUGAAAGACUAUGUUUGCCAAAAUCAUGGGGAGGCCUGGCCCUGCCGGACUUUCGGAGAUACUUCCACGCGACAGUACUGCAAAGAAUUCGAGAAUGGCACACGGCCCCCACCAACAAACUAUGGACAAGGCUGGACAGGGAAAGCACAAACAGAGCACUCCACACAUACAUCUGGCAUCGUCCGACAGGGGCUACACAAGCCCUGGGUGCGGAGUCCCCAGUGACGCAGACGCUGAAAACCUGGACCACCCUGCGAAGGGAAGCUCACAUCUCGCCACAGCCAAGCCCCCUGAUCCCCCUGACAUAUAACGUAACCAUAGGAGGGGGACUACACGCAAACGCGUGGCCAACGCAAGGAGCAGAGGGAUAUGUACCCCUGAGUUCGGUCCUGACAAACGCCAGCCUGCGCAGCCUUCAAGAUUGGGCGGACACAGAUCGUCCGACAGUAAUGCACCGUUUCCAUUACGCACAACUGCGACACUUUUACCACAAUAUGCCCAAUAGGGAAGCGGUACACAGAAAAUGGACCUGGUUCGAACACCUCUGCCAGAGCUAUCCAGAGGCAGAUGGUAGAGUAUCGGGCAUAUACCAGCAAUUGCUCACAGGGGAACUUUCCAGAAACAACGCCUUCCAGAGGCAGUGGGAGGAAUUGACAGACAGAACCUUCACAGACGCCCAAUGGGCGCAAAUUCUCAUAUUACAACACAAAAGCUCCAUAAGCACCAGGUACCAAGAGGUGAACUACAAGCUGAUCUCCCAGUGGUACAGAACACCAGCAAAACUACACAGGAUAUUCCCAGGGGUUCCAGAUACUUGCUGGAGAUGCGAAACGCAGCGAGGUACACUGCGCCACAUUUGGUGGGACUGCCCUGGGAUCAAGCCAUUCUGGGAGGAGAUACAGCGGGAAAUCACUACAAUUCUGGGUGAUCCACCAGACUUUAGCAUAGAGGCUGUGCUCCUACACUUCUUCACGGGACAGCUGGCACAAUACAAACGCUCAAUCCUACGACAUCUGCUGAAUGCGGCCAAAGCAUUGAUCCCAGCGAAAUGGAAGCAAACCCAGCCACCUUCCAAAACGGAAUGGCUGCAGAGAAUAGAAGAGAUCCACACAGCUGAGGCGAGAUAUGCUGAAAUACUUGGAAGGAGGGACAAACACCUUGAACUGUGGACGCCAUGGUACUUAUACACGUCACAACAAGGAUAGGGGAUGGGUCACCACGGGGAUCCUAGACAGCUGGACCAACACGCGCAUCUUAACACAAUCACCCUCUUCCCCACCUCAACCAGACCUGAACUGAUGGACUAACUCGGGAGUCAGGACAGACUCAUGCCACACCAUAGCUAUGCCCCACACCUUCCAGACCUCCCCCCUUACACACUCCCACCCAUACCUAUCUUUCCCCUCCUCUUCCCUCUCUCUUUCCCCGGGCGAGGCCGGGGACCGCCAGGCGCAACAGGGCCACGAUAUAUUUGAGCCCGAGAAGGCACCACGACUUCCCUAAGGGACGUGGGCCCAACGAGACAUCGCUCAAUUGACUCAGAGGGGUCCCAUGACGUGGGAACUCCCACAAUAAACCGCAAACACAAGCCAACUCUGGAUGACUGAUACAACUGAGCACUGAGACAUCACACCAUCCCCAUCCGAAGGGGGAAACACUUCAGACACACCAUAGAUACCACACGUGGACAGCGACUGAAGCAUGAUAACGAUGACCGACCACAAGUAAGCAAUGCGACAGAGACGGCUGGCCUGGGUGCCUCCCCCCCCCCCUCGCGGCGGGGGAGGGGACGCAGACCCGGGGAGAGGGGGUAGCUGACCCAGGAGAGAACCCACAACAUAUCUAGGCACCACCAAAGUUAAGGAAAAGACAACAGGAAAGGGAGCCCCAGGCCAGGUGCACGACUAUAGGACCUGAUCCCGCAAACCGACCCCUUUCUCACUCCCCAUGUACGAGGACGUGACCUGGGACCUACCGCACCACUCACCAUUGGAUUGAGGUUCAGCUAUAGAAUUAUACGGCCCUCACUGAUGUGGGCCAGCGGUCAUCCGCUUCCGAUAACGUUUUAUAAAGGUUCAUCUAGAGUUGGCGGUACCUGUGUCAGACGCAAUUGGAGACCUGCGAGUCUCACUGACGAUAUAAGCUCUGCUAUCUGUUAUUGUUUGAACUGCUAAUAAAAGCUUUAUUUACAAAAAAAAAAAAAAUUAAUGGUAAGUUUAUUAAAGGAUAAUUAAAAUUACUAUGUUAAAAAUAACAAUUACCAAAAAUAAUAAAAACAAAAUAAGGUAUUACUAAUAGUCUGUAUAGUAGUCCACUUGUUGCCAAGAUGCGUUUCGCCGUAUAAAUCGGCUUCCUCAGAAACCCAUUGGUACUGUAUUUGCUGGACUUUGCUGAGGUCUUUGUUGAGGGCUGGCAACAUGUGGCAAACAAUUUGCUCAAUUUGAGGCAAAAACAGCAAAUUGAUACAUCACAUCCACUCCUUUUUCUUAAUUUUAUAUCAAAGUUAAAGUAAUGCUGCAAUAACUGAAAUCAGGGCCUGACUGUGGGUGCAAAGCAGCCCUGGGAAAAAAAAUCUAUGCCAGCCCCAUAAAUCAUUGCGCCAUGUAUUGUCACAUGUAUGUAAGGCUAUCUCUUGCCACCCCAGAGUAAUAUAUAAACACACACAUAUGUGUUAAGGCUUUGCCUGGAGUUGUGGGAGGUGCUUGUGUGACCUACAAAGGGACUCCCCCUUUCCUAACCUACCAUCAAUGGUCUGACGAUCUGCAUUCUACUGCUUCCAGUGCAUGCAGACCGCCAUCUCGCUACUUACUUGUCCGGGGAACGCUUCUGUAUCCUGCUUUCCAUGUCCAGAAUCGAUUCAGCAUUGCUGGUUCAUCCCAUCGGGAUUCCACUUCAGCACAGGUCCAGUCACUGCAGUCAGCCCCUCCUCUGUUUCUCCCAUACAGCCCACUGACCCGGAAGCUCCUGCUGACCUCCGUCCCUCCGACUGGCGGUUGCACCCGCGCCCUCCUUUGGGCUUCAUCAUGGUUUGUAACUAUUCUAUUUGCAUUAACAUAUACUUUGCAUUCGUAUAUAUUCUUUGUUGUUUGUUUGCUUUCAUGGUUUUUAGCCAUUCUAACACACUAACAUUGUUCGACUCUUUCUAUAUGAACGUUUUUUUUUGGCUCAAACGCACGAAUGCGGUUGCAUGUUUUCAAUCGGUUAAGCGGGCACGAAUGCCUUAUGGCAGUAUAGGACUUUCGUGUUCUCAAUUGUCAUUUGUAUACUUUCGUUCAUUGUAGAACAAAUCCCCGCAAAGUUGAAUCUGUCCGUAUUCACUCAGUUCGCACUUUUAUUCUCACGAGCGCUUGCCUUAGAACUCUUUUUCAUGAUACUAAAUCCUUUAGUUCGUCCGUACAUCUUAGAUGGAUCUUUGGCUUGUGGCCCUCUAGGGUUAAUUUCUAGGUACUAUAUCUGUCAUCGUACAGCAUAGACAGAUUAUGGCUUGGGGCCCUCUAACGUUUAAACUUUAGUAUUACAUCUGUUAUAAAUAUGGUCUUACUGUUUAAAUGUAUAAAUGUUAAAACUCUCAUUUUUGGUACUAAUUAUUACAUUUGCAGGUAUCUAUUAUACGGAUAUUUUGAUUGUUUUAGGACUGCUGAUUCUUAUACAUUAUUUUAGAUUUGUGUUAGUAUUCUCUUCUUUAUGUUUUAUAUUAUUGUGCUGUCCUUUGUAUAUGUUAUGCAAGGAUCAACUGUUCAACUGCUCUGUUAUGCAAGGUUAUUCAUUUUAAAGCAGCAUGGGUGUAAGGAUUUACCUAAAUAUGAUUUUAUGGUUGAAAGCCAUGGGCCUGUGCAUGGGGGGGUACUUUUGUACACAUGAGGUCUUGCUAACAUCCAUUUUCUUAUGUCUUAUCAAUCAUAUUCUAUUACAGGUUAUCAAUUUGAUAUGUAGCGGUGUAUGUUUCGGAGACCCUUAGCUCACCAUGCAUCGCUCUAAUGCUCAAUAACUAUUACCACCGUAUGUAUCAUUUUAAACAAAUGGUUACUUUAGGUUAUGGACAUGCGAUCUGUCUCAUGUUUUUAUAAGUAUAUUUUCACCGAUAAUAUUUAUGAGUAUUUUGUCAUUAAACUUUAGGUUUGUUUGUGACUAAUAUUUUACUCUCUGUUAUCAGAUCAUCAGAUUACAUUUUUUUCCAUAGGUAUGUCAUUUACUGGUUCUAAAGUCCAUACUAUACAGAAACCUACCCAAGUUCUUAUACGAAUUCAGUUAAGUUUUUAGCCACGAUGGCUCCCCCUUGCAAUAUAGUCCUUUUAAAGUUAGUAGGUUGACUAGCUUAUAGGGAUCUAGUUGACCAAUAGAUGUUAAGUUUCUGGCAUCUCUGCCUUAGAGUUAGUGGUACUGCGAGGCAAACACCCAUGCUCCACACGUGAGGUAUUAUGUCCCACGGGCCAAAACAUAGUUAGCUGCCUCGCACAGUUGCAUAGAGAAGGCCUCACUUGUCACACCCAAUCUAUCUUAUGCUUUAAAUAUCCCAGAGAGGCCGACAUCCCACCACGACGUGCAGUGGCCACGAAUUCCCUCGCGCCAACUCAUAGAUAGAGCCUCUCAAGCCACUUGGAAACUAGCAGGGCCUUCACGCGGCACCAACCUAGUGAAUGGUUUCGCCACUUGGCACUAGCUAGCCAGCCGCUUAAAUGAUCCUGAUACAAGUUAAUUAUAACUAUGUGUCAGUAUGUCUCAGAUCUCUGACGUAGGUGAUGACGUGUAAAUCCCCUGUACUCUAGUCAGGUCCACUACACCUACACGAUAGGUGAUGCCAAUAGUCUGGCUUCUUUCUGGAUAUUGCCCAAUCCUAACAUAACGGCUGAGCUACUUUCCUUUCCCAGCCAGGAUAGCGGUACUGUUCAGGCUCAUGUGCACGAAUAAGGACAAUGCUGAUGCUGGAGUAUGCACGAGUUGCUCGAGCAACACCGACCUCCACGCAAGGUCUCAGCACUCGUGUCCUCUAUGAGUUGAAUACAUGAGAGACUGGGAAGACUAGAAACACAUUGUCUAGCCAGACUUUCUUCAGCUUCCGGUAUUAGGCCCCUUACUGGGACAUAUCGACUUCUAUUAUAUGACUUGGCCCUCUCCAUGGCUGAGCGUCGCAAUUAACUGUAGUAAAUACGUCAGGCUCCACUUAGGCCUACACUAUAUGGUUCAGUAAUAUAAAUUAAUGUGUAUAUACAUUCACCGUACUUACAUUAACACAGCCCUGAUGGGACUCAUUGGCUCACAAGGGUUUCCUUUGGUUUAGUUAUACUGAUUAUGGGUUGUUGGUUUGCUUCUCGUACACUUGUUAGCUUGAUUUGUCCUCCAUUAUGGUCCAUGUAUAUACUUUUCAUUGGAUAUUCUUGUUCAUACUGAUGCUCACUGACACACACAUGAUCCCAACAGAAAAGUUCACUGACACACACACAUGCUUCCAACAGACAAGCUCACUGACACACAGACACACAUGCUCACUACAGACAAGCUCACUGACACACACAUACAAGAUCACCCACUAGCAGCCACACACAUACAAGCUCCCUCACUAGCAGGCAUAUACACACAAGCUCACUCACUAGCACACAUACAGACACAAGCUCCCUCACUAGCAGGCACACCCACAAGCUCACUGACUAGCAGGCACACAUGCAAGCUCACUCACCAUCAGGCAUACCCACACCCCCAAGGUCACUCACUAUCAGGCAUACCCACACCCACAAGCUCACUCACUAGCAGGCACAAACAUAAGCUCCUUCACUAGCAGGCACAAACACACACAACCUAUCUCACUAGCAGGCACACUAGCAGGCACACUAGCAGGCACACAAGCAGGCACACACGCUCUCUCACUAGCAGGCACACACACACACACACACACAAGUUCACUCAUUAGCAGGCACACACACACAACCUCUCUCCCUAGCAGGCACACACACACACUGUCAUGGCUGAAGCUUACCUGUCACUGGUAGGUAAAGGUUCCAUUUUGUGGCCUCUUCCUUCCAGCAAGGUCAGCAAUGUGUGUGUGGGGGAGUGGAGCUUGUUCUGGAGGCGGGGCUUGAGUGCAUAGGUGGGACAUGCAUCCAAAAUGGCUGUAAAUUGUGCAGGGAGACAGACUAAUUGUGGCCGCAACAGCCCCCAGCUCCUCCCUUUUUACUCCCUUCGGAUUGACACAGUCUGAAAGGAAAAAACUUAAACUACAUGUGCCUGAUGAUUAGGGCUGUCUGCCUGGUAUCCCGGUGGGUCAGUCCAGUCCUGACUGGAAUAAAAUAACAAUAAAACAAUACAGUUACACAACAUAUUCAGUUAUACUCUGUAAAGCAACAGCCUUCAAACCUGUCUACACUAGUGGAAUGGGUGACAAAACUUCCCCUGCUUCCUUGCCAUCCUAUCCCUGUAUGGAGGGACUAUUUGUUAAAUUAAUUUCAUACUAAGAACUCUGACCAGUUAAGUUACUUAAAUGCAUUCUGCGAGUUAAACAUUGUUUAAUUGUACGCUAGUUGUUCCAAAUGUUAAUUCCUGCUACAAAAUGUGUGUUUUCUGUUAGAACAAUCAGGCUUUGCUGAAAGGUGCAAAGGACCUGUUGAUUUCCAGUAUUACACAGAUGACAUGACAUUCUUAUUUGUGUCUAUGUAUGUCCAGUAUAUGUUUCAUUAAAUUAUUAUACGUGACCUGCAUGUUGCGGAGUUCAGUGGUACCAACGCUAGCAAAAGUUCUUGCAAGGCAGAUACACGAGCAUCAAAUUAACAAACCAUUGAAGACUUAGUUAACACAAUUCCACAAAUGUCUUAAUAAGCAUUUUAACAACUAAAAAGAAAAAUCUUCCAUACAUAGAAAUUUUCAUCCUUCCUUCCCUUUUUUUCAGAUUCUAUUCUUGUCAUAAGCGUCAGAGCACUUGUUAAUUUAUGAGUGGUGAAAGGCAUCUUCUUUCUUGGUACAAUUGUUUCAAACAUAUCAUAUUUUGCUGUAAAUCCAUUAAAGGCAGUACACUGUAUUUUAUUCUUUUCAUUUUGUGCACAUAGACAUCAAGUCACAAACACUGUAAAAUAUGGGUGCAUCUUGGGACACAAAAUUAGUAAUGGUUCAGAAAUAGAACAUUUCAGUGAAGAUUCAAAUGUGCUAGACCUCAACAGUAAUAGAUAGCACUGAAUUAAACCAAUUAAAACAGCUUGGCUAGGUUCUACAAUAUCAUACAAUUGUGAUUGUCAUUUUCUUAGAGCCAUUCAGCUCCAAUGAAAAUGUAUUUAAGCCACAUGUACCAUUUUGACAAGGGGUAGAAUAGUAAUCAGUAGGAAAAUUUACUCAUGAACUGUUCUGACUUUAAAGGGACACUCCACUGCCCCAGGCUGAAUAGCGUUUUCACAACUAUGGUGUCAGGAAUACAUGUUUGUAUUCCUGACACUAUAGUGUUCCUUUAAGCAAAUUAAAGUAACAUUUUGGUCACCAUAACAAAUUCAUAUAUAUAUAUACAUAUAUAAAAUGACCAAAGUUAAAAAACUGCACUAAGUACAAAAUAUGCAUGUGCUGCAUCCCUACUUCUCCCAUAUCUACUCUUGCAGACCUCCCAAUUUAGGGAAGUAGGUAGAUUGGAAAUAUGGUAAUAUGGUGUGUGAGUUCAGGGGAGGGGGUGGGGGCAUCGACACAACCUGCAUUCCUGGCAUUGCUCAAAGGAGUAGACCAACUCAGAAAGGGUGCAGGCUCAUUUAAAUAAGGGCCAUAUAGGGAGGCGGAGCUUAACCACGGAACGGAGCGGUCGCAUGUUUAGCGAGCUCCGGCAAAAACGCGACUAAAUACCAACAAAUAUACCUCUCACAGCCCUUAUAAUCCUACCAACCGACGGCCAGGGCAAGAGGGCAAAGCACUCGCCUGAUCGAUGCCCUUUUUAUACCGCCAGACGGGACGGAAAGCACGCCGCACAUCCAAGGCCUACCCAGACUACAGGGCCUUCAAAACGGCGCUCCACAACGCGGUCUUCCCCACUGCCAUACCGCCCAUGGAGCACACAGCCACCGACCCGACAAACAUGGGACGAAAAUCCCAGCGGAUAGCAACAGGUGCGUGCAAAGAUACACAGGACAUUAGCACCAUGCUCCAGCGCACCGCGGCCCCGAAAAUGGCGGCCACACCUGACCCAGACACGAGCUCCACGUGCUCGGAGUUUGUCAUGGGGGACACCCUAGAACAUCACUCAGCCCAAGCUGA